AUGGAGGAAAAUAAUAAGUUACAAAUAGAAAAUGAAGAGUUGGUUGCGAAACCGAAGCUGGACCUAGACCGGAUCCUGAUAGAGGAGGUGGGUCAGUUCGGGCGGUACCAAGCGCGGUUCAUGGCCGUGUCGUUGCUGAUGGUGCUCUCCUUCGCUACACUCUCUGCUGAGUUUAUAUUCACAUCUGCUAGGGUACGGACUAGGUGUCUAAUUCCGGAAUGUGAAAAUUCUACCGAGAACAUCCAAUUUGCUGCGGAGUGGCUGAGUCACGCACUACCGAACACUAGCACCGGGUACGACAACUGCCGCCGCUUCGCCCGCGCCGCCGCCAACGACACUUCACCUGGAGACUCCAGCACAGACAAAUGUUCUAUCACAUUCUUUGACAUAACCACUACAGAGCCUUGCGAAGCGUACGUUUACGAAAAUACUAACACUGUAGUUUACGACUUCGGUCUGGCCUGUGACGAGUGGCGCCGGUCCCUCAUCGGCUCGAUGCGCACGCUGGGCACGUUGUUCGCCAUGCCGCUCACGGGGUACGUGUCCGACCGCUGGGGCCGCCGCACCGCGCUCCUCAUCAACCUCGUCAACAUCGGUGUCAUCGGACUCUCCAGGUACUGGGCCACAUCCUACAUCGCCUUCAUCGCCGCUGAGUUCCUGGAAACUGCUCUUGGCUCCGGCAUCUACACGUGCAUCUUUAUUAUCAUAACGGAAGUGGUGGGCCCCAAAUACCGCGUGGCAGCAGGGGCCAUGUACAGCACGUUCUUCGCGCUGGGUCACGUCGUAUCAGGACUUAUUGCAACAGUAGUUCCCAACUGGCGACACUUUACCUUGGUUCUCUACAUCACCAACCUCACGUGUACACUUGUCACUAUUUGGUUUACUACAGAGUCCGUUCGAUGGUAUAUUACUAAAGGGCGAACCGACAAAGCCGAAAAAUUGUUAAACAAAAUAGCACGAGUCAAUGGCAAACAACUAUCGGAGACGUCAUUUCAAGCUCUAAAACUGACUGCGAAGAUUAGUAAAGAGACACAGAUGAAGAAAAAGGAGAAAAUGAUUAAAGAACCGCGGCUGAUUGUUCAAGUGUUCAAUCACAAACCUAUCUUGCUGCGAUGCGUGGUGGCGCCGGUGUGGUGGAUGACGUUCUCGUUCAUCUACUACGGUCUGACGAUAAACUCCGUGACGCUGUCUGUCGGCAACAAGUUGGUGAACUACCUGUGUGUGUCGUUGUUCGAAGUGCCGGGGUUCUGCGCGGCGUAUGCGCUGGUUAACCGGGUGGGCCGCAAGCCGGUGCUGGCCGGCGGAUACUGGCUUUGCGCGCUGGCGCAACUUGGAUUCUUACUCACACCUGCUGGUCACUCCAAAAUCUCCUUGGCUCUAUACAUGGUUGGCAAAGGCAGCAUUUCCAUGGUGGUGACGUCACUGUACCUGUACACAUCGGAGCUGUUCCCCACCGCGCACCGCCACUCGCUGGUGGCCUUCUGCUCCAUGCUGGGCCGGGUCGGCGCCAUCCUCGCACCGCUCACACCCGCCUUCGGUGCGCAGCUGCCGUUCAUGUUGUUCGCGGGCAUGGCGACGCUGUCGGGGGUGCUGAUACUGCUGACGCCGGAGACGCUGGGCUGCCGACUGCCAGACACCAUGGAGGACGCGGCCACCAUCGGACGGGACAACACUAUAUGAUUACAAUAUUGUUGUGUAGCUAAUAUAAUCUGACACUUUUCGUAGUGGAUGUACGUACCAAAGAUAGAAAAAAUACAAUCAGAUUGUAAUAAUAAAUGAAUAAAUAAAUAAUAUCACAAAUUACACAAAGACAAAUUAAUAAUAGUUACAUUACACAAAUCAUAGCUCAAUCAUAUAAAAUAUGGCGGGCGUCUGAAAUAAUAGGACCUUCUUAGUAUAACCCACGAUACAUCGCCUAAUAUAACUAUUUACUGUUUGUUUCCCUAGGCACUACUGCUUGGCGCUACCAGUCGAGUCAUAGGAGACUUUUCUUUCCCGUGACACUGUAGUCUAAAUGCCCACGCUUGGCCUAGGACUGAGUUAUAAUCUUGGAGCUUUCAAAGCUAGAAUGAAUAAGCAUUUGUUAGGUAAGAGUAUCUCAUUUAGGCCACUAUCCCUUAGGCCCGUAAAAUUGUGGUCAAA